UUAUGCUGUCUCCAAGCCAGCAACUAGCUACGUCUAUACCUAUGAAGAAGAGGACGCGUUGUUUCGCUUACACAUCAUUCCUGCCGUCUGGUCUGACGCCGCCUUGCGCUGUCAACUCGAAGGUGGCGUUUUGGCUUCCCCUACAAGCAGUGGAAUGGCUCAGGCUAUGCUGGGAACGAUGAAAGUACACAAACUGGCUUCGAGCGUGUUCAUCGGGGCAACUGGCAUUCUUUCUAAGGGAGACUUCAAGUCAUUGGACGGAACGGACCUGGCUAAUACCGCGCUGGAAUAUGCUGCAGGGGAACCAAACAAUGCUAACAAUGCAGAGGACUGCUUGGCGAUGAACGAAGUGGGCGCCCUUGAGGACGUAAGCUGCUCGCGCUUGCUCCCUUACUUCUGUCGCAAGGAGAGUACCAAGAAAUGCAGAGUCACGCAUGUCAAGUCCCUGUGCAAAAACCAUGGGUACCAGUGGGAAUCUCACACUGGCAGCUGCUACAAGUUUCACGGGGCCGCCAAGACCUGGCGCCUCGCCCUGGCCACGUGUCAUUCAGAGGGAGGGCAUCUGGCCAUCAUCAACAACGAGAUAGAGUCCAAACUGCUUAAGAAGAUAUACAAAGAACACGUAGAAAAUAUUGAUGGAGCUAAAGAAAGUAGACAUGCUUUAAUUGGCUUUAGAAGAUGGGAUGAUGGCGAGUGGGCGACUAUACAUGGUGAAUCGCUGGUCAAUGCUGGAUUCAGCCAAUGGUCGCCGAGCGAGCCCAACAACUCUGGCGGAGAAAAGUGUGGCUCCAUUCACGACAACGGACUGCUCAACGAUGCACCAUGCGACGAACCAUUCGCAUUUAUAUGUGAAAUUAGCCCUUAAUACACGAUAUCCUUUAUUAUUAUACAUGUUGAUAGGCCAAAUGUCUAUUUCUCUAACCAUAUUACAACGUUUUUCAAACGGGAAGGAUAAGAUCAUAGAAAAGAUGUAUUGUAUUUCCAUACAAUUUAUAACCUAAAAAUGCCAAAUGUCGCAAAUGGCGCAUGUCGUGUAUUGAAUUGACAUCUAUCAUCGUACCUACCCUUCCAGUUUGAAUAUUUUUUAUAGAUGCAUAUUAUUCGACUAACUGUCAAAUUGCGCG